UAUCGGCACCGGGGGGCAGGAAGGCAGCAGAGGCGGGGACGGGGAUGAGCCCCAAGCCCUGGCCCCGGCGUUGGGGACUGGCAGCGGCACUGCCGGGAUUGGUGGGGAAGAUGGGCUGAUGAAUUCGGGGUCCAGGGCUGCUGUGGCACCGACACUGGCACCGGCAGGGCCUCCCGGGUAACCCAAUGAGGCUGGACCUGGAUGUAGGGGUAUGCGUGGUCCUGGCAUCCACCGUGAGGCUGCAGGACACACACGGCAAGGACAGACAGACACGGGGACACCCACAGGGACAUCCAUGGGUCACCCACACCUGCACACACAGGGCACUUCGUCCUGCCCCAGCCCCCUGUGCAUGGCACACGGGACAGCCCCAUCUCCGACCUUCAGCCUCCCGGCCAUCUCUCCAUGGGAGACUGGCACUGCCAGCCACAGUUGUGACGGUUCAGGGGUGUCACUAGGCUGGGCUGGCUGCCAGUGGUGACACUGGGAGGCUCCAGGAGCACCUGGAGUGCAGCCAAUGCCUCCACCUGUCUCGUCCAACGGCGAGGCCACAGGGGCCGGUGCUGUGGGGUCACUGCAUGGCCUUGAUGCCAGUGGCCGGGCAGACGCCAGGGCGUGUUGGGCAUCUCCAUGCCCAAGGCAGGGACACACAUGGGCAUGGCACGUGCCUGUGGCAUCUGAGCAUGGUGUGGUCACACCGGCUCCACUGGUCCUGCUUGGGAAUGGCCCCACGCCCUGCCCUGAACCACUGUGGGGCUGGAGCCGGUGUCACUUGCCAGUGCCACCGUGCCAGUCCCACCGUGCCAGUGACACCGUGCUGCCUCCUGCUACCAGGUCACUUCUGUGCCAACCUGAGCCAUCUCCCCAGGGAUGAACCAGGCCUCUUCACAGUGAAGCCUGAGGCUGGAAAGGCUCUGGGUGCCUCUGGGCACCGUUGCAGGUGGUGGUAACAACCUGGCACGUGGCUUGGCAGCUCUGCCUGGGCAUGGGGCUGGAUCCGCACUGGGUGAGCCAACAGCACCCUCUGGAGCCAUUCCAGUCCCCUGUCCCAUGGGAACUCCCUCCUUAGCUGUGUCCCAGUGGCUAGAGGGAGCUGCUGGGACCCACUGGGCUCAUCCUGCUGGCCAGGCACCAACUGCAGGGUUGGCAUCCCAGGGCUGGCACUGCAGUGGGAGCUGGGCAUGGCUGGGGCAUAUGGGUUGGUGAUGGGUUUGUGUGUGGCACCGUGACCACCAUUGGAGCUGCCCUUGCUGUCCGUUUCUGGCUGGCACACGACUGGCAUAUCCUUGCAGCUGCCGCAUUGAUUAGCUCAAUGCAGAGCUAAUGGUCAGGAAGUGGAGCUGGAAGCCCCAGGGACACUGCAGAGGCCACUUGUGUUCCUCGUCCUGCGGCUGCCAGGAGAGUUUGAGCUGCCCACGAGCAUGUCCUGGGCUCUGUGUGUGCAUGUGUGUGUGCCGUGUUCCAGUUGUGGCUGCCAGUCCCCACCCUGCCAGUGCUCACAGUCCCGAUACCCACACUGCUGGUGCUCAUGAUGUCAGUGCCCACACUGCCACUGCCCACACUGCCGGUGCUCACACUCCUGGUGCUCACACUCCUGGUACCCACACUCCUGGUGCCCACAACCCAAAGGGAUGCAGAGGCAUUUCCCCAUGGUUGCAGAGCUCUCAGUUCCCUCCAGCCCUGGAGACCUGCCCGCGCUGCUGACGCCCUCCGCUGAAGCCCAGAUGGUGCAGUCGUUGGGCUUCGCUGUGUACCGGGCACUGGACUGGGGGCUGGAUGAGAACGAGGAGCGGGAGCUGAGCCCACGCCUGGAGCAGCUCAUUGACCUGAUGACCAACAGCGACUCAGAGGACAGUGGCUGUGCCACAGCUGACGAGGGCUAUGGGGGGCAGGAGGAGGAGGAGGAGGGGGGCGAGGGACCGCCGCGCGCUGUGCGCACCUUUGGCCAGGCCAUGCGGUGCUGUGCUGCCCGCCUGGCCGACCCUGCCGGCGCCCCGGCGCACUACCAGGCUGUGUGCCGCGCACUCUUCGCUGAGACUGUGGAGCUCAUGGCCUUCCUCGCCAAGAUCCGUGAUGCCAAGGAGCUGCUGCAGAAGCUGAAGGAGGAUGAGGAAGAGGAGGAGCGGCCGGCGGCAGAGCUGGGCAGCCUGCGCAACACCGACUGGGCCCGGCUGUGGGUACAGCUGAUGCGAGAGCUGCGGCACGGCGUGAAGCUGAAGAAGGUGCAGGAGAAGCAGUUCAACCCGCUGCCCACUGAGUACCAGCUCACGCCCUUCGAGAUGCUCAUGCAGGACAUCCGUGCCCGCAACUACAAACUCCGCAAGGUCAUGGUGGAUGGAGACAUCCCCCCACGGGUGAAGAAGGAUGCCCACGAGCUCAUCCUCGACUUCAUCCGCUCCCGGCCCCCCCUGAAGCAGGCAUCAGAGCGACGGCUGCGGCCCCUGCCCCAAAAGCAGAGGACGCUCCAUGAGAAGAUCCUGGAGGAGAUCAGGCAGGAGCGGAAGCUCCGGCCCGUGGAGCAGAAAGGGUACAGCUCCCUGCCCUGCAUCCCACAUGCCUGUGCUGGCCGCCUGGCCUCCAACUCCUGCCUCGAGCUCUCUCGGUGCCCGGCCAGUGCCAUGCCCACACGCCCACGACCACGUGUCCUCCUCAAGGCGCCCACUCUGGCCGAGAUGGAGGAGAUGAACCUCUCAGAGGAUGAGGACUCUCCAGGCACAGAGGUGCUGCUGAAGCGGGAUCGCUCCUUCUCAGAGCAGGACCUGGCACAGCUGCAGAGCCAGCUAGGGGCUGACCAGACUGCACCCCAGGACCCGGAGCCACUGCAGCCUGAGCCCCGGCCCCGCUCAGGCUCUGUCCCUGCCAGCUGUCACCGGCUGCCAGAUGGCCCAGCACCGUCCCGGGCUGCCCUUGGUGCUGUGGAGGAGAGACCAGAGGACGGAUCCAGUGCUGCCCCCACCACCAGCUCCAAGCACCUCUGGCUGGAGUUCAGCCACCCCGUGGAGAGCCUGGCCCUGACUGUGGAGGAGAUGAUCAAUGUCCGCAGGGUGCUGGUCAAGGCUGAGAUGGAGAAGUUCCUGCAGAGCAAGGAGCUGUACAGCAGCCUGCGGAGAGGGAAGGUUUGCUGCUGCUGCAGGGCCAAGUUUCCCCUCUUCUCCUGGCCCGCAGCCUGUCUCUUCUGCAAGCGGUCUGUCUGUAGCUCCUGCAGCCUGAAGAUGAAGAUGCCUUCCAAGAAGCUGGCUCACAUCCCCGUCUAUGCGUUGGGCUUCGAGAGCCUCCCGGGCUCGCUGCUGCCCAAGGCGCUGCCGCUGCGCCGGAGGGAGCCCUUCCACUCGCUGUCGGGGCCGUGCUGGCGCCGAGUGGAGGAGGAAUUCCCGCACAUCUACGCCCAGGGCUCGGUGCUGCGGGACGUGUGCCCCGACUGUGCCGGGUUCGUGAAGGACGUGGUGAGCUCCAGCCGGCGCAGCGUGGCCGUGCUCAACGCCAGCGCCGCGUCCCGGCGCCACGCCAAGGCCCGCUCCCUCUACAGCGACGCCUGGCUCCAGUGAGGGGCCCCAUGCCCCGGUGAUGGGCGCCACGGGGGUGCCCCCCCGCUGUACAUAUAUACAUAGAAUGGAUACACACAGCCUCUAUAUUUAUAUACGUUAUGGAUGAGGGGCAAAAGGACCCGUUCCUGCCAUCCCCUUCCAUCCCUGCCACGAGCCCCUGGGGGCACAAGUCCUGCCAUGGGGCACCUGCAGCCCCUGAGGGCAUGGAUCCCACCGUGGGGUACCCACAGACCCCGAGGGGAUGGAUUCCACCGUCGCACAGCCCCUGAGGGGGUGGAUCCAGCUGUGGGGUACCCACAGCCUCCAGUGGAACGGAUCCAGCUAUGGGACACCUGCAGCUUCCGGGGGGAAGGAUCCCACCGUGGGGCAACUCCUGGGAGAACAGGUCCUGCUGUGGAGCACCCACAGCCCCUGAGGGGAUGGAUCCCACCAUGGACAACUGUCAGUCCCCAGAUGGAUGGAUCCUGUUGUGGGACACCCGCAGCCCCCCCGGGGGCACAGAUCGCACCGUGGGGCAGCUCCUGGGGGAACAGAUCCCACGGUGGGGCACCUGCAGCCCCCUGUGUUGGCUCCCCCCAGCCCUGCUUCUGUGCCAAGCCCUGGCUGUGCCGGGGUGCCCGGUGCCCUGGGCUGGCACGGCUGCUCUGUAUGUUCCCCCUCUGAUAAUAAACCCGCUGGGCUACCC